AUGUGCAACAGCGAUGCACCAGCACAGUUGAUCGAUCCGGGUCGUGCUACAGGUGCGGGGGCAUCGGCCCAACUGGGCGGGGGACUCUCUGGAACGGGUGGCGGUGGUCAGCCGACACGUGCGCGACACCCCGCGCUUCCACACCCCGAUGAUUCCAAUAUCUGCGGGGGAGGGGUUCGCUCUGGUAGAGUGGGGACCCAUCGAUGUAGCGGGGUGCUACUUCCCUCCUCGACUAACGAGGAGGGAAUACGAGGACGCCCUGGAUUCUCUGGGGGAGCACAUCACGACGCCCCCCAAGGCCAGUACUGGUGGGUGGGGACUUCAACGCCCACGCGUUGGAGUGGAGUUCCCCAUCCACCGACUCCCGGGGUGACAGCGCCCUACUGUGGGCGCGGCACGACCUAG